AUGCCCCUUAUCCUCAGCUCCAGUGAUGCGCUCCCAUACAUUGAUGCGGCGCCAUCAGUAGAUGCGCUCGCAGCUGCCAAUGCCUUGAUAGAGGCUGAACUGGACCCCGAACACAUGAACACUUCACACCCGUCUAUCCCAGCUAUGCGCGAGUCGAAAUACUCGGAUCUGAUCGAGGCAGAGCAUGCGCGCAUUGCAGCAGGCCAACCCAAAAGCGGUGGAUUGGAUCUGAGUCGAUACGAGCUGUUGGAUGCGCCAGCUAAAGGAGACCUCGAAGCGUGGAAAGUCGCAUUGCAAAAAGCGUACGCGAGCGCGGAAUACUUGCGAGGGAGGGAGAUCAACCUCAGCUUGUUGGAGACGUAUGGCAAGAAUGCGUGGUUGAUCGGCAACAGUGCAUUGGAAGACGAGUUGAGGGCUUUGGAGAAAGAGGUGGAGGCUGCGAAAAUCGAAGGAGAGCAGAUCCAGCAGUCGAGGCGCACUGUGCAGGCCAACGCCGCAGGAGAGAUGCAAGGUCUGGAAGAAGGCUGGAAGACUGGUGUCGGACGAAUGGUCGAGACACAGGCGGCGGGUGAGAGAUUGAGGAUGGAGAUCUUGGAGCGCAAGAGGCAAGGCGCAUCAUGA